CAAGGUAUGCUUUAGGGUUUUAAAAGAAUCGUUCGUUCAUUUGUUCAACUUUUAGGCUUUUAAAAAAAUAUGAUUUUUGUUUCAGAUUUGUAACUUUACGCUUUUAAUUGUUUUUGUCUGCAUUUGGAAUAUCUGGCUCUUUGAUCGUUCUUACGAUUCACUGCAAUCAUCAGUCAUGGUGCUUGAGGUAAUAGUUAUGGUGGUUGGAUUUUUCAGGAUUCUUUACGGCAAUCAUAAGGUUACAAAAGCGCAAAAGAAAAUAAGAAGAAAGGUUGGAAGAAAAUUGCUCCUACCAAAGAAUACUACCAACACUGAAGUUAAAUCAAAAGCAAUUAUAUUACCGGAACAAAGUUUGGCAUCCGAGAAGGCCGGUUUAGCUGUGAGCAAGAAAGGGUUGACUUUAAAAGAGCUGCUUCAGCAGACGUCUCAUCACAAUGCAAAAGUUUGCAGAGAUGCAUUGAUCGGUAUUAGGGAUAUCUUCUCGAAUCAUCCAGCAGAACUGAAAUUGCACAGACUCACCGUUAUCGAAAAACUGGGUGAGCGCAUGAGUGACGACGACAAAAUUGUGCGUGAGACCCUAUAUCAACUUCUAAACGCAGUCGUAUUUCUCGCUUGUAAAGAGGAUAACCAGGGAAUCAUCAAGUUAUAG